AUAAAAAUAAAUAAUGCUGCAAAUCACGUCCUACCACACAGCCCCAGUGCAAUGCUGCUUACGCGUUUUUUAAUAUUGUAAAACUGCUUUACGGUGUCAGGCUAGAGUUGGAGGCUGGAAAGGAAUCGCCAUUGUUUGCUUUGUUGCAGCACAAGAAGAGAGCUUGUUUUGAAUGGAAUAUAGCAACACCUGAAGGCUACUACGAGGGUAGAGGCAUUGGAUACAUUUUUUAGGGUUUCCGUGCUCUCGUGUGCAGCAUGAGCAAAUCAGGGCAGCCCCCAGAUCUAAAGAAGUACAUGGACAAAAAGCUUAACAGUGAGUUUGCAUGAUUCUUGAUCUCCGAUUUUGUUGUUCAUGAAUCUGGUCCUGGAUGGUACUGUUGAAAUAAACGGAAAUGAAAGGAAUGAGAUUGGCAUGGUGGUAAUUAGAGGCAAUAGUAUUGUGAUGAUUGAAGCUUCGGAACCAGUCAACAGGGGCUAAUGUUAUUGCGAUGACACACCUUUGUAAUUGAUGGAUGUAGCCACAUAUAACUUCUUUAUUCGGCUAUUCUAACUGGUUAAAAUGGUAUAAUGAAUUGGUUUUAAGCAUAGAAGUCUUUUUGGGGUUUUCUUAUUAUGAUUAAUGACAUGAAAGCCUCGCAAAAGACGAAAGAUGAUGUUUGAAGAUUUAUCUUUUUCUACAUGCCCUUUAAGAGCUUGAAGUUGAGUGAAUAUAUAUGUACAUACAUUUGCAGAUAGCAAGUGUGAAAGGAUCUAUUUAAUUCUUUUUUGUAGUGAA